AUGCUAACCUCUCGCUCGAAAACGACAGACAACUGGCUGAAUGGCCCGACCACGUUGAAUCAUGCAGAGAUCAAUUGUCUCGUCAACAACAUCACCUUCAUCAUCCGCAGUCUCCAGAGAAACGCCAAGUCAAGCGUGAAUGUCGACUUCAGCGAGAUCCGCGACAGCGACCUUCACAUCGUCACUGCUGCCGAGAACGGCGGCUUCCGUAUGAGCAUCUUCUUCGGAAGUCACUUGAUCUGUGUGGGCGAACACGUAGAUCAACGCGAACAGACCAUGGAUGGACUAAGAAAGAAGGUUGAGAAGAUGAUCUCCAGCAUGGUCAAUGUCAAAGCCAAGGCGGCCAAGAAGCAUCAGCGCGAGGACUUCAGGGUUACCCUCCAAGAUUACAUCGUUCAAGGAUCGAGAUUUGUAAACGGCAGCCUGGGUCCUGACCGUGUGGCUUCAGAGGGACAUAAUGGUACGGCGGCGGUCAAUCCUCAAGACUUAUUGCCACCAGGAGAGGUCAGCACGGCGGUGGUGGGCAGCGCACUGCAAGGAGCGGGCCGUGAGAUACCCAACGGCACGUCAGUCAGCCCGGUCUCGCAAGGCCCCCUCAAUGGACCCUCGCUACCUCACAAUCAAGGGCAGGAUCAAGUCGAUGGGCAGGCCACAGGUCACUCGCAAUCCUAG